CGCGCGCGGCGCCGGGAGGAACGUACGCGGGGAGGGGCGGCCUGGGACAGUGGUGGGAAGCGGAGAGCAUGUCGGCUCUGACCCGGCUGGUGCCUUUGGCUCGGGUCGGAGGCCGCCUCUUCCGAAGUGGCCGCGCGCGGGCAGCCGGAGGCGGUGCAGUCCGUCAUGCUGGUGGUGAUGCGCAUGCCGGGCCCUGCUACAGACAGUUUCCCCAGCCCAGCAGGAAAGCGGUGAUCCAGGCCGAGGUCUUAAGCGCAACCAUGUGGUUCUGGAUUCUUUGGCGCUUCUGGCAUGACUCGGAUGCUGUGUUGGGUCAUUUCCCAUAUCCAGACCCUUCCCAGUGGACGGAUGAAGAAUUAGGGAUCCUUCCUGAUGAUGAAGACUGAAGUGUGGACUGGCUCUUUACAAGGAGGAGCCAGGUGAGAAUGUCAAGAAAUUGUGGACUUCUGAUUGUACAUUCAAGUUGUAAAUUAAAGCGGUUUGGUCAAGAA